GUUCCUCCACAGGGCUGCCCAGGUUGCUAUAAUCUGUAUGGGAACCACCGUGACAGCUAACGACAUCACUGCCAGGAUCAAGUACCUGCAGGAGACCUCAGUCUCAGGAAUCAGCAACUUGGAAUUAGAGUUCCGGGCAAUUACAAAAGUCAGCGAUGGUUUUUACAAGGAAAAGAAUUCAGAAAUAGUUUUACAAGUCGAAGAUUCAAAUGUUUAUCAAAAUGGCGACUUCAAUACUGCUGUUAAAAGAGAUAGGCAUCCUUCAAUACAGCCAAGUAAAUUAUACAAAGCAGUUUUAUCGCGUGAAGCGAAUAAUCUAGCCAGUUACAUCAACGCUGUGCUGGUCCCUGGUUUCACCAAACGCGAGAACCAGAUACUAACACAGCUCCCAAUGCCAAACACAGUCACAGAUUUCUGGAGAUUGGUGGCACAGUACAAUGUUAAACUGGUCGUGGCUUUUCAAACUAAAGUUGCUGGCAUUGAAAAAACACAGACCCUAGGCCAGUACUUGCCAGCCAACAUGACAACACCUUUAGACUGUGGACCAUAUGAAAUACACACAGGACCUGUCAAGUCUGAGAGUUUAUGGGAGGAACAACAGAUCACUGUCAAAGUUGUUAAGAAAGAGAUUGUUUUCCUACCUGCCAAUGUAACCAAUGAAACUCACGUGACCCACAUCGCGAGUAAAAGCACAGACCUGAAUCCCAAGAAUCUUCUCAAACUUCUCAAACACACAAGGUCAAAUAAUGUACAGGCACAGGGGAGAGUACUCUACAUGUGCAGAAACGGAGCUGAGUUCAGCGGCCUGGCCUGUGUGUUGAGUCUUCUACUUGACCGAAUGGACCAUGACCAAAGCUUAACAGUUCCACUUGUUGUUGGUGCCAUCAAAUGUAUCAGACCACAGGUCAUCCCAUCUCUGGAGCAGUACUACUGUCUGUAUGAAGUCUUACUCAGAUACAACAUCAGAGCAGCUUACUGUAACAACCACAACAUUCCAGGAAAAAACAGCAAAUACAUGUUAGAACUCAAUCAAGAAGACACCGUCUAUGCUAAUUGUUAAAUAUGUAUAUAAGUAGAGUGUAGCAUUCAAUAAUUAACAAUUCUCUUAUGUAUAAUGCAGCUUUAUGUAAUACUGAUUAAAUUUGUAUAAAACAUUUUGUUAACAAACAUUUAAAUCUGUGUUUACAUUUACAUUGGACAUUUUGGAGCAAAGUCUAGCCGUUAAAGGAUAACACGCACACACACAUAUAUACACACAUAGAAACA